AUGGUUGCUGACCAGAGAGCUCGUAUAUGCAAGUUCAUUUCGGGUGUGUUGGAUUUGGUGUCUAAGGAACGCAAGACAACUAUGUUUAUUAGGGAAAUGGAUAUCUCUAGGCUCAUGACCCAUGAGGAGAAAAUAAAGGAUGAGAAACUAAGGGAGAAAUUUAGAGAGUCCGAAAUUGCAAGGACCAAUGGUGGUGACUCCUCUCAUGGAAUUCCUAUUGAAAAUGAUGAGCUUCCAGGAAUUCUCCCCAAAAGAGAUUUUUUUUUUAUAGAUUUGUUUCCUGAUAUACAACCUAUAUCUAUUCCUCCUUGUAGAAUAUCUCCUGCUAAGUUAAGGAAAUUGAAGGAACAACUAAAGGAGUUUCUCAAUAAAGGCUUUAUUAGGCCAAGUGCAUCCCUAUGGGGUGCUCCGGUGCUCUUUGUUCGGAAGACAGAUGGAUCCUUGUGGAUAGCUUUUCUUGGUCAUAUUAUUACCAGCGAUGGUGUCAAGGUUGAUGGCCAAAAUAUUGAAGUUGUGGGGACUUGGCUAAGACCCUUGAAUCUGAUAGAGGUUCGCAAAUUUUUAGGUGGUAAUAAUGGAACAAUUAUGUUCGUAGGAACAAAAAGAAGCUUGGGAGGGUAUUACCAAAAGUUUGUGGAAGGACUUUCCUCUAUCUCUGCACCACUAUAA